AUGGCGAGGGGUGGGCGUCACAUGGGCGGGGGUGGGCGUCACCAUGGGCGAGGGGUGGGCGUCACCUGGGCGAGGGGUGGGCGUCACCAAGGGCGAGGGGUGGGUGUCACCAUGGGCGAGGGGUGGGCGUCACCAUGGGCGAGGGGUGGCGUCAGGGCGAGGGGUGGCGUCACCAUGGGAUGGAUGGGCGUCACCAGGGGCGAGGGUGGGCGUCACCAUGGCGCUGGUGGGCGUCACCGAGGGGUGGGCGUCACCAUGGGCGAGGCGGCGUGGAUGGGCGUCACCAUGGGCGAGGGUGGGUCACCAUGGGCGAGGGGUGGGUGUCACCAUGGGCGAUGGAUGGGCGUCACCAUGGCGCGUCGGGGUUGGGCGUCAAGGGCGAGGGGUGGGUGUCACCAUGGGCGAGGGUGGGCGUGGGCGUGUCACCAUGGGCGGCACCAUGGGCGUCACCAUGGGCGAGGGGUGGGCGUCACCAUGGCGCACCAUGGGCGGACGGGGCGAGGGGUGGGUGUCACCAUGGCGACGGGUGGCGUCACCAUGGGCGAGGGGUGGGCGUCACCAUGGGCGAGGGUGGGCGUCACAUGGGCGAGGGUGGCGUCACCAUGGGCGAGGGUGGGCGUCACCAUGGGCGAGGGGUGGGCACGGGCGACAGGGCGAGGUGGCGUCACCAUGGGCGAGGGUGGGCGUCACCCGAUGGCACGGGCGAGGGGUGGCGUCACCAUGGGCGAGGGGUGGGCGUCACCGAGGGUGGGCUCACCAUGGCGCGGGGAUGGGUGGGCGUCACCCGAUGGAUGGGCGUCACCAAGGGCGAGGGGUGGGUCACCAUGGCGAGGGUGGGCGUCACCAUGUGGGCGUGGUGGGCGUCCAUGGGCGAGGGGUGGGCGUCACCAUGGGCGAGGGGUGGGCGUCACCAUGGGCGAGGGGUGGGCGUCACCAUGGCGAGGGGUGGGCGUCAAUGGGCGCUGGAUGGGCGUCACCAUGAAGGCGAGGGGUGGGCGUCACCAUGUCGUCACAUGGGCGAUGGGUGGGCGUCACCAUGGUGGGGGCGUCACCAUGGGCGAGGGUGGGCGUCACCAUGGGCGAGGGUGGGCGUAA